CACCGGAGAGGAGGCGGGGCAAGGGCAUGGAGGAGAUAAACACUCCGGUUGUUUAACUGUUACUACACUCGGCAUGAAGUCCCGAGCGAACCCGUGGGAUGCUCGUGUCUGUCCAGCACCGUGAGGACCAGAGGAGAAGGAGAACAUGAUGAGGUUUCCUGUACGCCGGGCAGCACACAGGUGGUUCAUCGUUGCAGGUGUGGCUUUGAGUUUUAUCAUUGUCACGAAGUUCUUACUGCAGCGGCUCCAGACUGAGACAAGUCAACCUGUUCAGUGGCACGUCAACCCUGCGCAUAAAGAACUCGUGCAUCAGCAUGUGCGCAGGGUGCUGGAGGGUCAGUGUCGUCCCAACAGCGCCAGGCUCAACCUGCUGGCUCGGAUGCCAGCUGUCAAUCACGCGACGCAGCCCUUCCUGUGGAGUGAUAAGCCGGUUCCUGACGACUUGUUCACAUACCGACCCCCGUUUGGGUUUAAAAAUCUCCGGGGCAAAGUUGAGGACCUGCUGCAGUUGCUGCCUGGCUCUCACUCUGCCACCCUCCCGGAGAAGACGUCGGGUAAAUGUCGGCGAUGUGUCGUCGUGGGAAACGGAGGCAUCCUCAAAGGCCUGGAGCUUGGCCCUCUGAUCAACCGUUUUGAUAUUAUCAUCAGAUUGAACAGAGGUCCUCUGGGAGAGUUCAGUGCUGAUGUUGGGAACCGAACCAGCAUCAGGAUGAGUUACCCGGAGGGCACGCCGCUCCGCUGGGUGGACACGGACGCAGACACGCUCUUUGUAGCGGUGGUGUAUAAGAAAAUAGACUUCAGCUGGAUCUCUGCCAUGAUAAACAAGCUCCGUGUGCCUCUGUGGGACUGGUUCUUCUUCUGGCAGAAAGUUCCAGACCAGGUCCCUCUUGAACCUCAGAGGUUCAGACUCCUGAACCCCCAGGUCAUCAGAGAGACUGCAUUAGACCUCCUGAAAUAUCCUCAGCCCACACAACGCCUGUGGGGCUGGGACCAGAAUGUGCCAACCCUGGGAGUGUCUGCACUGAACUUGGCCAGCCUGCUGUGUGACGAGGUGAGCCUGGCCGGGUUCGGCUACAACCUGUCCCAGCAGGGCGUGCCCCUGCACUACUACGACCAGCUGCCGCUCAGCGUCAUGCAGCAGGAGAAGAUGCACAACGUGGACAGUGAAACUCAGUUUCUUCAGAGCCUGCUGGCCGAUGGAGCCAUCACUGACUUGACGGGAGGAAUCCACUGCUUGUUCUGCUCCAGUUGACACCCGCUGGAUUUCACCGCAAAGCACGUUUCUCCUGUCGUGACGCGAUGUUUAGAGACUAAUGUACAGAAAAACAUGAAUGAACAAAUGAGUAUGUGUACAGAAGAAAGAGAGUGGAAAUAAACAUUUUGAAACAAAAGACAGAUAUUUAGUUGUUUCAUUUGCAACAGGGUACCCAAGACAUGGAUUGAAAUCACUAUCUUGUAGCUGGUCUUCAGCAGGAGAACCCCCCUUAUGAUCCAGGUUUCUUCCAUCCUAAAGAGUUUUUCUUGCCACUGUCUUGCCAAGGUUUUUCUCCCACUAUGGGAGUUUUUACGUGCCAUUGUUUGUUAUUUUUAUGUAAUAAUUGCUCGGCGGUCAUGUUCUUAGUCUCUGAAAAGCACAUAGAGACAAUUUAUGUUGUAAUAGACACUAUUUAAAUAAAAUUGAAUUGAAUCAA